AUGUCGCUCUCCAGAACGACUUUGUUGCCAUUCGUGAAGCGUCAAACAAUCUUUUUGACGUACCGUGGUUACAGCAGCACACAAGAUGCUGAUCUCGUCGUUAUUGGAGGAGGACCAGGAGGCUAUGUUGCCGCUAUUAAGGCUGCUCAGCUUGGAAUGAAGACCGUGUGCGUUGAGAAGAACCCAACACUUGGUGGAACUUGCCUUAAUGUUGGAUGCAUUCCAUCAAAAGCCCUUUUGAACAAUUCCCACUACUUACAUUUGGCUCAACACGAUUUCAAAAACAGAGGAAUUGACUGCACCGCAACAUUGAAUUUGCCAAAAAUGAUGGAAGCCAAGGCCAACUCUGUUAAGGCUCUUACUGGAGGAAUCAAACAGCUUUUCAAGGCCAACAAAGUCGGACAUGUUGAAGGAUUCGGAACUAUUACUGGACCGAACACCGUUCAAGCUAAGAAAAACGAUGGCUCGAUCGAAACCAUCAAUACCAGAAACAUUUUGAUCGCUUCGGGAUCUGAAGUCACCCCAUUCCCAGGAAUCACCAUUGAUGAGCAACAAAUUGUCUCGUCGACUGGAGCUUUGUCUCUUGCUCAAGUUCCAAAGAAAAUGGUUGUGAUUGGAGCUGGUGUCAUCGGACUUGAGUUGGGAUCUGUCUGGCAGCGUCUCGGAGCCGAAGUCACCGCCGUCGAGUUCCUCGGACACGUCGGAGGAAUGGGAAUUGACGGAGAAGUUUCCAAGACAUUCCAGCGAACCCUUACCAAGCAAGGAUUUAAAUUCCUUCUUAACACCAAGGUUUUGGGAGCUACCAAAAAUGGAUCCAACAUCACUGUCGAAGUUGAAGGUGCCAAGGAUGGAAAGAAGCAGACUUUGGAAUGUGAUACUCUUUUGGUUUCGGUUGGACGUCGCCCAUACACCGAGGGACUCGGACUCUCGAAUGUCCAAAUCGAUUUAGACAACCGCGGUAGAAUUCCAGUCAAUGAAAGAUUCCAGACUAAGGUUCCAUCUAUUUUCGCUAUUGGUGAUGUUAUCGAGGGACCAAUGCUUGCUCACAAGGCUGAAGACGAAGGAAUCCUUUGCGUUGAAGGAAUUGCUGGUGGACCAGUGCACAUUGACUACAACUGCAUCCCAUCGGUUGUCUACACACAUCCAGAAGUCGCCUGGGUUGGAAAGGCUGAAGAGCAACUCAAACAAGAGGGAAUUGCAUACAAGAUUGGAAAAUUCCCAUUCGUUGCAAACUCACGUGCCAAGACCAACAACGAUCAGGAAGGAUUUGUGAAGGUUCUUGCUGAUAAGCAGACCGACAGAAUGCUUGGUGUGCACAUUAUUGGACCGAAUGCUGGAGAAAUGAUUGCUGAAGCAACGUUAGCCUUGGAAUAUGGAGCAUCUGCCGAAGAUGUUGCUCGCGUCUGCCAUCCACAUCCAACACUGUCCGAAGCAUUCAGGGAAGCAAAUUUGUCGGCGUAUUGCGGAAAAGCUAUUAACAGCAUCUAA